CAAAGUGGUUGAGAAGUUAUGAAUAUUAAAGUUUAUGUUACUAGUGCUACAUUUCAGUAAGUCAUGCACAAAGAUUUGUACAAAAGUCAAUUAAGUCAAAUGUUAAGUCAAUAAUAAAUGUAUUUUGGACCAGAUGCUCCGCAAUUCUCUUGUCUUACUGGAAAGUGUUACCAGUUGAACAUACAGGAAGGAUGUCCGGUUAUUUAUACCUUUAUACAUGCAAGUGUUUUGUGGUUGCAUGUGUAUUGACAGUGCUUGCAUCAGCAACAAGAUGUAACCUGUGGCACCACAUCUGCAUAAACUCAACAUCAGCUGUUUCAGUCCACACGCUGUCAGCACAGUGUUUUUUUUUUUUUAGAGAUAUAUUUUCCAUCAAGGUUGUGGUUUUGUGGUUUGGCCAGAUAGCAUGUUGUGAAGUAGCUCAUAUAAACCACAGCAACAACCCGUGGUAUUUGUUAGACCUGUAGAUAUUUAUUUAUUUAUUUUUAACUGCUAUGAGGCCGAGGACUUCCUCAAAUGUUUCACAAGCGCACAUUCAGGCUCAGACUCACAUUCAGACACGCUGCACCACUCACCAUCAAACAUUAGCUGGACAGGACGCAUAAUGGAGGCAAGUGAAGUGAUCUUCACGGUGGUGGAAGUGCUCAUUGCUGUCAGCUGCUGUCUGGGUAAUAUGCUGGUUAUUUUGGCCCUGUGGACCAGUAAGAGCUUUUAACAGCCCACCUUCUGCCUUAUUUUCUCCCUGGCUGUGGCUGACUUUAUGGUUGGCUGCAUAGCCAUACCAAUAGCUGUGAUGGUGGACGGACGAAUGAACACUUCAUUCCAUGGCUGUCUCUUCAUCAGCUGUGUGCUCAUCCUGUUGACUCUAGUCUCAGUUUUGUCUCUUGCGGCUAUUGCAAUCGACCGUUUCCUCCGGGUGUAUGCCCCUCUCAGGUACAAAAGCACUGUCACACAGAGACAUUCAUGGUUUGUUGUAGCAGCAUGUUGGCUUGUUGCAAUACCACUGAGUUUUGCACCCAUGUUUGGAUGGUACAACCAAGAAACCUUGUCUGAGUCAGUCAACUCUACCAUUGUCUGCCAGUUUAUAGCUGUGAUCCCCAUGUCAUAUCUGGUUUACUUCAGUUUUUUCCUCUGUCACCUGAUAUCUCUGUUGAUUAUGGCUGUAUUUUACGGCUACAUCUUCUGGACCAUGCGAGGAAACCUUCGAGAGAAACCAGGCAACGGUGUCCAAACACAGUCUUACAACUACCUAAGGAAAGAGAAGCAGCUGGCAGGAUCUCUGUCUCUGGUCUUGGUCCUGUUUACCCUGUCCUGGCUCCCACUCCACAUUAUGAACUGCAUUGCGUACUAUAGUGGUCCGAACGUUGUACCAGAAGCAGCUUUGUAUGUUGGCAUCCUGCUUUCUCAUGCUAACUCAGCUGUAAACCCAGUUGUGUAUGCGUUCAAAAUACAGAAGAUCAAGACAGCAUACCUGAAGAUCUGGCGACGGUGUAUUGAAUGUGGAGAAGAAAAUCGAGGCUCUCAGACGAGCCAGACAACAGACAUCAAUCUCAGUAUUAACAUUAACAGUGUGGCCAAAAAUGAGUGAAUGCAGAUUUCCUUGAUUUGGUGCUUCUUUGUUCUUAACAACCAUUAACUCAUGACUUAACAGGCACACUGCUGAAAACAAAGAUUGAUACAACUUUUUCCUUUUACUCAUCAUUUUAUUUAGCUGCCUCAUGUUUUUCAUGUCAGA